GUCGCGAAGUGGAGAUGAAUGGAUUGAUGGGAAAGUGGAUCGAUCAAUGAUCGAUAUGGAUUCUGCUGUAGUCCUGAUUGGUGGACAAUGUCAAUUGGCUGUAUUGAUGAGUCAAGAAUGCCGCUGUGUGGUGAAUGGUAAAGAUGAUUACGCUGAAUUGACCUGGACUAAAAGAGUCACUCAUAAUGAUAGGAUUAAUAUGACUACAGAAAGUUGUGUUUCGAGAUUUGAUGAACUUUUGAAAGCAUCUUUCGUGCUAUUUGUGGAAGUAUUUCCUGUGAAUGGUCAGCUGUCACGAGGCAAAACUUCUUCGUCCAAUUUGUUCAGUUUCCGAAACGCUGGUCAUCUGACCUUUGAUCAAACACUGUAUUGUAGCAUUGAACUCUUAAUCGAUGCUGAUCAAAUUUUAGGUGCAUCUCAUCGAUAUGUUCAGCAUGCCUCGUGGAUGAAAUUGUUUCCAAGGAAUUUAACAAGCUUUAUGGCAAUGUUAUGGCCAUAUAACAUGAUGGUGGCCGUAUCCGUUUUUGGUCCUAAAUUCGGCUUUGCAAAGUGCUUUCAUAUUUCACCCAUUUUCAUUCUAUGUUACAAUGCAAUAUGA